UGUGGUCAGGAACCUCGUCGACCUUGGUGGCGGUCCUGUCGAGCGGGUGAGGCGGAAAGAAAGGGGAGGGACGAACUGGUUGCUUCCUGCGCCGGCCGCCAGGGUGUGUGCCGUGCGCGCAGCCCCGGACGAGAAACUGCGACGCUUCUCGUGCUCGGGUUUGGUAAUCGCUUGUUUGCGCACGUGAUCCGGACGACCUUCGACCUCGCGACGACUGGCGCCGCGGCUCAGUUGGGACCCGACAGCAGCAGCGGCGACCAGCGACCAGUCGCGCUGCCUGCUUCGAGGUCCACGUGUUGUGAACGAGGAGUGCGGAGCUUACUGCGCUACGAUGGCGAUGCCCUCGGACAAGCAGCGACUGCGGCUGGUGACCCACAUGUGCCCCAGCCUGCCCGUGGAGCUGUACGAGCUGCUCAUGUCGUACCUGGAGGACGAGGCGGGCUGCGAGGCCACCCUGCAGUACGAGUCCCGCGCCCCGGGACCGCUGCCGGGCCGGCCCGACCCCUUCACCACCGACGCCAUAGACCUGGCGUUCAUGACGCCAACCGCGUUCGUGAACCUGGUGGAUGGCGGUAACUCAGACGCGGAGCUCCUGCCCGUGACUCCCGUGUUCUGCCACGCCAAAAACCCACGCGAGGAGAAGGGCUACUACGCAGACAUCAUCAUCCACAAGGACCGCAGCAAGCACGUGAAGGAGUUUGCAGACCUGCGGGGGUGCCGCUGGGCCUACAGCCACGAGGAGUCUCUGAGCGGCAGCCUGGUCGUGCUCAAGAAACUGAGGGAGAUGGGCGAGAACGCUGCCUUCUUCGGCGACACAGUCCGGUCGGGCUCUCACCUCCGAUCCCUGCAACUGGUACUGGGCAAGAAGGCGGAGGCUGCAGCGGUAGACGCCAACUGCCUGGCGUACUACCGGAGUUACCUACAGGACUGGGGGCGUGACAUCAAGGUGUUGGAGAGCAUCGGUCCCCUGCCCCCGUACCCCAUUGUCGUCAACAAGCGCCUCAGCGAUGCUCUGAAGGCCCGCCUCGUGGAGGCGCUGCUGAACUUCUCGGAGACCAAGUUCUGGGGUGGCCGGGGAGAGGUGUACGGCCUGAGGAAGUUCGUCCCCAACAGCGCGGGGACCUACGAGGGGGUCCGCGAGUACAAGCGAGACGUAGAGCAACCGGGCAUCGGCCUGCGGUACUACUAGCGCUCUCCGCGUCCCAGCAAUACAGUUCCAGCCUUUAUCAUGUCCUGUUGUCUGUACUAAGUUAGCAAAACAAAAAUUACUGGUGACUACAUGUUGUGUGCAUGUAAGACACUAUUUCAACUAAUUAGGCAGUUAAAAAUUAACUUUUAGAGACUUUUUGAAAAAGUUUUUUUCAAUUGUUAACUUGUUUCAGAGAAAUAAAUAUCUACAAUAUCAGUUCAGUUAGCAGAGUUGGUUCUCCUAAAUAAACAGAUUUAAUGCAUGAUAUAGCAAGGGAUGGACAGAUAAUACAUUAAGAUUGAAAUACUGAUCUAUAUUCCCUUCUUGUUCAGUUUCAAUUCACAUUCCAAGUUAUACUUGGAUUCUGAUGACUUGCUGGAAAUUCAAGCAUAAAGCAAACCUAAAGAAGAAUUACGAAGCUGUAAUUUUAUUUUCUGACACAAUGAGCCUUGAAUAUAUUUUCUCUUGCAACAAAUUUUCACUUGAAUAAUGUACCCAAAUUACCUUUGAGGCUUUAAUUUAUUUUGCUGAUCUUCCACGUAAAAAAAAAAAAUUAGUUGUAUCUUGGCAAAAAAACAUUUAUAAAAGUAAAAGUUUUGAAUCUCGUGAAAAGGAUGAAAAAUCACAGGUUUGUGCCAUUGAGUAUCUGCCUGGUCCAGCCUUACAUUUACUGCAAUGUGGAUAAAAAAAAAGUAUUUUUGCUUGUGAUGUAAAUAUUUAGAAUUAUAAAUUAUUUAAAACUAAACAAUUUUCUUUGAACUGCUGUGUGUUUAAAUAUUGUGCUUUGUAUUUUGUCGCCCUUAUACAACUUAGGAUGUUGGGGAGUAUUCCGUAUUUCUUUGUACUUUGCAUUUUGAAGCUAGCAAUGGCAGCAACUGUGUUGAUCUGUAACAUACAACAUUCAUACUUUAUCUGCCUGGACAGAGCUUACAGGAAAGGUAUAUAGGAGAAAUAAUGGGAGCUGGUAUUAUUGGUUAUCUUCUACUAGGUUGUCUCACUGCCAUUACUUAUUGAACAUUUUGUUAAGUUGUAAAAACAAUGUUUACUAAUUAUUUGUUUGAUUAUGUAAUUUAAAAAAAACAUAUACUAAUGUUUAAAAUUGUGGAUAUGUUUGUGCACUUUUUUGAUACUAUCAUUCAAAUAUUUUUUUUGUAUUAAUGUUGAAAAUAUUGACUUUUUUUUAGAAGAAUAAACAAAUGUUUUUCACAUUUAUAUUUUGUAGAUAAAACUUAAGAAAAACUUUGUUCCAGUGACAAAUAGUUGUUAAAAAAAAUGUUCUUUUUUAAAAUAUAUUUUUUAAUAUUUUUUUUAUUAAGCUGUUCAUAUAGAAUGAGACUAGCAGUAAGUGUCAGUGGUGCUGGGGCUAAUUGAGAACUUUUUCAGAAAAUGGUGUAAACAAUUUGGAGAUGGUUAAUGUACCUCAGGAAGUGGUAUAAAAUCAUGUAUAAAUAAAUAAUAUAUUUCAACCAGUUUGGCUGAAAACAGAAUGCAGGGUAUUUUAUUGUUCACCAUUAGAAGAAGUAUUAACUUAUAAAUGACGAAAUCAUUUGCUUUUUGCCAACAAAAUCUUGAAAAGCCAGGGAAAUUUUAUUUUGAAGAUGUGUAGUACCUAUAUAACUACAUACAGCGAAACCCCUUAUUUACGUUACCGUUAUUUCGAUUUUCCCGUUAUUUGCACUAUAUUUUUCAGGUCCCGUUUAGUUCCCAUUUAGUCCAAUACAAUACUUUCCCGCGAAUUACGUCUCAAAAAUCGAAUCCAUCCCGCUAUUUAAGUCACGUAACAACCAUAAACAACCAGAAAAUACAGUGGGUACUUAAAGUGUAGAUAACAAUAGCUAGUAGGCCUUAAAACAUUGUGAUAAACGUAACCUUUAUAGUCGGCAAUGAACAUUUUAAAUCGCAAAAUAUACAUAUUUUAUAACAUGAAAAGUUGCUUUUAUUUCUAAACAUGUAAUAAUUUAAGCCUAGGCGAGUAAAAGUCCGAAUGUAUAAAGUUACGGGAAUGUCGGGAAUAUUACGUGGCUGCUUGAGUUCUGAUACUGUAUUUAUGUCACAACUUGGCUGAAAUACUGGUACGAGACAUAAACUUCACAAGAUAAAAUGAGCGGAGUCUUGGUAACUGUUUUAUACGUAUUUUAUAAUUUUGGAAGUAUUGUACAGUUGACGCAUAUUUUUUAAACUAACCAUUUAUUUCUGGGGAUCGUAAAUAAUUAAUUAUUGGUAUCAAGACAUCACGAUGAAUGUAAAAUGUCACGGCAGCGAGAAAACUGGUGCGUAUACCAAUAAACUGGUAUUAGAACUGGACAAAACUGGUACACGGGAGGUGGAGCUUAUAUUUUUUUCCGCUAAGCUCGCGUCUAUUGGCUGGCUGCUGAUGGAAGGUCAUGAGUCUGGGCGGAGCAUAGAGUGAGUUAUACUGCGCAUGCGCCGUAACAGCAGCUGACCGAGUACAAUGACCUUUCACCGCGUACGGCACGCUAUUGACUGUAAAUUUACUUCAAUUUGCGGCCUUUUUUUUUUUAAUAGUUUACUGUGACGCAAUGUGUAUGUAGCCCGUAUUUGUUAUAAACGCUGCAGGUUGCAACUGUAUUUAUAAUUUGGAGAGGCAAAUAAUCUCCUUGAACAGUCAAAAAGCAAGGAAGUAAUCAGAAAAACAAUUUGGCUUUCAUUUUUUUUUUUGUCAAAUGUGGUAAAUUAAUAAUGAUUAAAUACUAAAGUAAAAUUUGUUUAUAGUGUAUUUGUACCUGCAUUAUAGUCUGUGCUAUUAAACAAAAGGAAAAAAAAAAUACUAAAUAAGGUAAACUGUACUCCUUUUUAUACUUUUACCUUUAUUUACACUUCCCCGCUUUUUACACUUUUUUACUUUGUCCCCAUGAAAAGUGCAAAUAAGGGGUUUUGCAGUAUACAUGACUUUAAGUUGGUUUAUCUUGUUUCAUUCUACAUUUAACAGAAACAAAUGCACAUGUAAAAUUUUAGUAGGUAUGCUUCUUAAUUGUAACUGAUAACGUGAUAAGUACAUUCAUUGUUAGAUAUAAUGGCACAUUCUGCUGCUUUACUAUCUCAGUUUUGUCAUUCUAUUAGAGAGCUAGCAAGUGAAUAUUCAACUUCAUACAGAAGAAAUGUUCAGCGAAAGAAACAAUAAUGUACCUACUGAAAUGAUGCACAACAGUUUAGGGAUGAAAAAAAGGCAACAAUAAUCACUGUUGUAAUGGGCAUCUUCAGGUGUGGAAAAUACACUACAUAUCAGGGAUGGACCCAGUGAUGAGUCUUGGGGAGGGAAACGGUGCCCUUCAGCUAAGCACAAAAAAAAGACGUCUGACUAGAGGUGGGUCGAAAAGUAUCAACAUGUUACUUUGGCACUGAUACGCGCCUAUAUCAGGAACGGCAAACGAGUACACUUGAAAAGUAUCAAGUACUUUAGUAUCAGUUCAGAAUUCGCCUGGAACAACACCACGGCCAAUGUGCGCAGAACCCGAUCGCAGAUGACGGUCACUUGGACGGAGCUUGUGAAAGGGGAGGGAGCAGGAAUGACGAAUAAGGGAUAAAGAAGGGGAAUAAGGGAUAAAGAAGGGAAAUAAUGUAGGGGAGGAAGCGCAGGGGAAGGCGUUGAAGGAGAGGCGCAAAGCGAAAUUGUUACGAGUCGUUUGGUUAUUUUCCCACAUCAAAGUACGCUCAGUGCGCAGUGCGUGCACAGUCUCAUUCAAUAAUAAAACUAAUGAAAUUUUAAUAUUAAAAAGUACAUUAAUACAAGAUAUAAUGUUUAUAUUUGUGCACCUAACAGCUAGAAAAUGCAAAUAAAUUCUCAGUUGACACUAAUAACAGAUGUAAUCAACAUAUGGACUUUUUUUUUCGAAAACAAUUAGUAACUAGUGUUUUCAUACAUUAAAAGAUUACGAUUUUAUCAAAAAUUAAAAAUAAAAAAACAGAUACAUACAUUAGUGAGCAUACUAUAUCAAUGUUUACAUUUCAAAUGUUUCUUCAGAUUAGUCGAUGAUGAUUUAUAACUCAGUUUUUGUUUACACAAAUUACAAUUAGCAAACUCAUUAUUUUCCGUAAAAAAAUUCCACACAAAUGAAGUCUUUUUCCUGCACUUAUCCAUUCCUUAUUUCACUAUAAAGAUAGUAACUACAAAGCAUGACAGCCCGCAACAAUGUACAUACGUGGUGGUAAUUAAUACACGGCCAGGACGAACUGCAGUGAAUGUUGAACUGAUUGAUACUGGCUGUAUCAGGCGGGCAUGAGAGUAACAGAGGUAGAGAAUUACCGGGCGUGAUAAAUAAUGUAUCAGAGACACCAAUACUUUUUUACGCUGGUGAUGACGGCACGGAGGAUGUGUACCCUGUAACGAGAAUGCUGAUACCUUGUCGCUUCCUGGGACCACUUCUGCUCUGAUACAAAAGUAUCAGAGACUUGUAACUAGGUACAUUACUGUAUCAGUAUCAGGUUGGAACAGAUACUAGGGAUGUUCGAUAUACAUCGAUGCAUCGAAAACAUCGAUGUUUUCUAUUUGAUGCAUCGAACCCAUCCGAUGCAUCGAUGACUUUCGAUGUUUAACGAUGUAUCGAUGUAUUUCUUUCGAUACAUCGAAAAAUACAUUUUUUUUUCACAUUAAAAGAACGGUUUCGGAAUAGGAAAGAAGGAAUAUUCUAUGAAGUUUGUUUAUAUUUGUCUCUGUAAUAGAUCAAAUACAAGCAAUAGUUACGAUUCUAUUACUUCAACUGCGAAUUAUGUAAAUAAAUAAAUUACAAAGCAAACCUGAGUGCAGGUGAGAUUUUGUAGUAUUAAUUAAGGGCCCUAUCGCAUGAUGUAGGUUUCGUUGCUAAAUUGGAGGGAUUAAGUGAUUAAGAUGUUUUGAUCACUGGUUUUGUACUAGACCAUUUUCGAUCGUUGUUUGAAUGUAGGCUAAAUAAGGUUAUUCAACCUGGCUGGACCAUUGUGAAUAUAGAGAAAUAAUGUGACAGAGCCCUAUAUUUAGAUUAAAAUUACGCGAUUUGACGUAUGUUAGCUCUUAGGCUAUAGAAACUAAAACUUAUUUGUUUACAUGGUAUGAACAUAAGAGCUUUAAAUAAUUUACUACAUUUAAAUUAAUAUGCACCCUAUAAAAUUUUUGAGUGUUCAUUGCGCUUGAUAAUGUUUAUUUCUCGUAGGUAACUGUAUUUUCUGUACGAAAAGUGUGAAAAGAUGAUAAUAAUAAAGAAAUAUGU